UGCUAUUUUUUAUUAUUUAUUUAUCUUGCUAGGUUCGAAAUGAACGCAGUUAUAGCACUUUGCCAUUUUUGUGAAGCUCAUGGCCCUUCAGCGAUAUUUUGCACACAAACUUUUAGGGACACAAAGUUGGAAGACCUUAACCUUAACCGGCCCCACAAUGCCACCGAGCAAACUUCGAAUAGCAUAGCAAGCAAACAGUGUGCCGCCUGCAAUUCUGUAGGUCCAACAAAUGGUCUAUACAGCAAGGACAACGAGAGCGGAGCCACCUUUUUGAGUACACAAAUGUGUCCACUCCCCGAUGUUGCAGUCUUAGUAAAACAGGCAGCAGUAAGAAGCCUGAGUUGUGAAAUAAACCAUAACAAAGACGGCGGCUUCGUUUUUUUCGGGGACACAUCCAGAGGUCACGUGCUAAGUCACACUUUUCAUGUCAGUGAUUUACAGGCACGAGGCUUCUACCAACUAUUCUCCAUAAUAAUUCUAAUGAAGGAUAAAUAUUUUUUACUCAACACCAAACCAUUUUUGGCCGAACAUUUGCGUAAGAUUUCAUUGGAAACCCAGAACAGUGCCAAGCGUAUCAAAGAGGAAGAAGAACUGAAGGGUUCGCCGCGGCAAAGAAGGCUGUCGGGUUCACAGCAAUUAGUGCAAACACCAAGAUCUUUAAUAGAACUUACUGGUGAAGAGAAUAUCUUUGCGGUUUUACAUUCUCAUUUCUCAUGGCUUUUGUUGGCCGGUUCAAGAUUUCUUACGGAGCAUGUAACAUUCGGUAAUCUACCAUGGCUUCCACCACAAAGUACCAGUCAUCCGCCACAACAAAGGCUUACUUAUAAUAUAACCACCCUGCCAAUGAUACAAAAGUAUGAGACACUAGAUGACGCGGAGGAAUUCUAUUCGUUGAUACCCAUCAAACAAUUGGUUAAAAAGGCUGAAUUUGUAUCACUCUGCUAUUGUGCUUUAACUGGCAUUAAGAUCAUUGUACGGGGAGAUGCUACUCGCACAUUUCAUUUUAUGAUGUGCCUAAAGAAACUUUUGCCCGAGCAAAUGCAUAAUUUAAUUCGAGUCGAUGCGCAACAUCAACAUUCCAUUAGUGCCGAUUAUAAAAUCAUAUCAAUAUCCAAUGAAAUAGCUGUACCUAUUGCAAGUUCUUCGAUAUUUCGCAUUGAUUUUUUGCCCGAAUUGGUGGAUGGAAAUGACAUAUUAAUCAAAUGGCCUGGGACAGUGCCAAACAAAUUGCCAGAUUUGUUGGUGAAACUGUUAAAGGCCGUCGAGGAGACACGUUUCACAGAACUGGUGCUAAAUCGUCAUACAAAAGUUUUAAUAGAAGAAUGGAAAAACAAAGUAAUAUGCCUUAAUCAUGCCAAAUCGACCAAUGGACAAAAUAAAUUGAAACGUGUCUUAGGAGUGCAGCCCCAAGAUCAGCCAUUAAUCAAUUAUUGGAGCGCUCAUCUCAAUUGAAAUUGCCCAAAAAAGGAGUUAAAUUUAAUGGUGGAACGAUUUUCUUUCAAUUGCUGUUUUUUUUUUGCUUUUUGUUUUUGUUUUGCAGACAAAAGCAAACAUAAGACGGUACUAAUGCAGUACUUCUAUAAACAGGAAAUACAAAAAUUACAGCUUGGUUUUUCUACAUAAGUAACGAAAAAUGUGAUUUGAAAAUAAAAGAAUUUUUCUAAUGAAAAUUUUA